GACCUUUAAGAGGCAAGGUGCGCAGGGUAUAAGAAACCUGGGCACUUUGCCUAGAUGACCAGAAGCUACGCGGUAUAUAAAUCCUUCGUAGCUGGCCAGCGAGCUAUAGAAAACCGCCUUAAUAAAGCUACCCUCGCCGUCUACCGGGGGCAAAACCAAAACCAAAACCAAAACCAAAACCAAAAUGUCACAACCCACCAGUUCCGCCACGAUAACGAUGGAUAUAUCGUUAUUAGCAACACCCAGAAGCGGAGGAGGGCGGGACCUAGGAGGCCCUUAGGAAUCACGGUAGUAGCCCGAGCCCUAGGGUAGCAGCGACUCUAGCUCUCGGCUAGUUAACCGGAAGACUUUAUAUCCGGCAUUAGUACUUCUACCUUUACGAUACCUACCGGAAAGGAU